AUGGCAUUCCGCGGUACAGAAAGCCCCAUGGACUUUGAAUGGCAAGGGCAUGGUCCCGUCGAUCCCAGCUCUCCCUUUCAUAAGCACAUCAUGGAUGCCCAAGCCAAGAAGAGAACUCACAGCGAGUUUGAUUCUCCCAGGAAAACUCCCAGCGCCGCCUCGCGCGAUCUGAACAAUCCACCGUCCCUCUUUUCCAAUCUUCCCGCCUCACCGUCUCCAGCAUCUCCGUUCCGCGCGCCCUCAUUUACCACUCCUCGCAAGCCGUUCGAUAUCGACUUUUCCUCGGGUCCUGAGAACUCAUCUCCGCUUGAUCAGACAGACAAUGACGAUACACCCGAGGCCAAGCCUCUCCCGAUAGAAUUCAAAAGCGGUUCUCGCAAACCAGAACCGAGACGCAGCUCGUUGUUUGGACUCUACGGCAGAUGGGCUCCUAGCCCAGGAAGAGGGGAAAUUCGGAAACCCCACGGCGAUCCCAUUGCCAGACGGAUACACAGGAAAAGACGACGGGCCCAAAAGUUCGACAAACAGUUGCUUCUUGGCAAACUUGACGUGGAGCAAACCGACGAUAGUGAGGAUGACGUUCCUCCCAGUCCAUCGAAAAAGAAAACACCAAAGGUCGAAGAAGUGGGUUGGAUUGCCGGCUUGUUCACGUUCAUCCACACAUAUCCUGACGCCCCCUCGAUCAUCGCAAAAUACCUCCAGGUCUUCUUCAACGCCGCCAUUCUAGGUGGUUGUCUGUACAUGUUUUGGUCAUUCUAUUCCACUAUAAGAGCAGAUGUGGACCGUGCCAGUGACGAUGCUAUGGCUGAAGUGCUGGCCGAGAUGGCGAUAUGUUCGAAGAAUUAUGUGGAAAAUCGAUGUGGCGCGGACACCAGAUUGCCAGCGCUCGAAGUCAUUUGCAGCAAUUGGGAGUUAUGUAUGAACCGCGAUCCGAAUGCGGUCAAACGAGCCAGACUAAGUGCACAUACCUUUGCCGAGAUUUUCAACAGUUUCGUGGAGCCUAUCAGCUUGAAAACAAUGAUCUUCACCAUCACUCUGGUUGUUGUUGGAUUGCUUGUCAACAACUUCACAUUUACACUCUAUCGAAGACAACAAGAGCAGCACAAUGCAAGCAUGUAUCGACCACCUUCCGGUUCAUACCCCAACGGCCCAGUGGGUCAAUAUGGCUUGCCUCCGGGGACACCGUUCCACCAGGGUUAUGUGGGCUGGCAACCCGACCAAGGGUUUGGCAACCAUCAGCAGCAAUUAGAAUAUCAGCGGAGUCCCAGCAAAGAACAUCGAGCGCGAAGUCGCAGUCCUGAAAAGAAAAUUUUGGCAUGA